GCCCAGGGCCGCGGAGCUGAGGCGCUGAUCAGUGCGGGGCGGGGCCGGCCGUGCGCAGGAUGUCCUUCAAGAAAGAAACACCACUCGCCAAUGCUGCAUUUUGGGCUGCAAGAAAAGGAAACCUGGCUCUUCUCCAGCUGCUGCUGAACAGUGGGCGAGUAGAUGUAGACUGCAAAGACAGUCUUGGCACAACAGCUCUGAUGGUUGCGUCUUACUAUGGUCACAUAGACUGUGUACGGGAACUGGUGUUGCAAGGAGCAGAUAUCAACCUGCAGAGGGAGUCAGGUGCAACUGCUCUGUUCUUUGCUGCACAGCAAGGUCACAAUGAUGUGGUGAAGUUUCUCUUUGAAUUUGGAGCUUCCACUGAAUUUAAGAAUAAGGAUGGAGGUACUGCUCUUCUAGCUGCUUGUCAGUAUGGGCAUGCAAAGGUAGUGGAAACUCUGUUGAAACACGGUGCCAACAUUCACGAUCAACUUUAUGAUGGAGCUUCUGCAAUUUUCUUGGCAGCUCAAGGAGGCUACCUGGAUGUCAUCCGAUUGCUGCUUUCUUCAGGAGCAAAAGUUAACCAGCCUCGGCAGGAUGGGACAGCACCCUUGUGGAUUGCAUCGCAGAUGGGCCAUAGUGAAGUGGUGAGAGUCAUGCUGCUCCGGGGAGCUGAGCGGGACGCUGCACGGGAUGAUGGUACAACUGCUUUACUGAAGGCUGCCGUUAAAGGGUACAACAAUGUGAUAGAAGAGUUACUGAAAUUUUCUCCCACUCUUGGUCUGCUGAAGAACGGUACUUCUGCUCUCCAUGCAGCUGUUCUGAGUGGCAAUGUUAGGACAGUGGCAUUGCUCCUGGAAGCAGGAGCAGACCCAUGCCUGAGGAACAAGGCAAAUGAAUUACCAGCAGAACUAACAAAAAAUGAACGUAUUCUCCGACUUCUCCGCACAAAGGAAAAGCAAAGGAAAAGCUAAUGCAGCAAAUGUGUUUUGGCAGAGUUGAGCCCUGAUGACAUUAGCACGACAGUAAACCUAGAUUGCCCAAGAAGGGCUUUUUGAAACAGUUUGCAGAACUGAUCAGCCUCUCCAGUACAUGACUGCGAACAUGUGAGGCCCUUGCCAGGGAGCCACCAUGCCCUUGCGCCUCCACAUGGCAUCUCUGAACUCAGAAGGAUGAUGACAAGAGCAGGGUUUGGCCUGAGAGCAGUGUUUGCAUACAGCCUUGCCUAUGCACCAGGGUCCCACCAGUGCUGGCACUGAUGUUAGCUCCUCCACGCCUGCAGUGUGUGCAUCCCCCCACACCCAAGUGCUCCCAGUGUUUCGAAGACACAUUCCCACACUGGUAGGGCCACACACCUGUGAUGAGUGCCUCGGGGUGCACUUGUGGGCUGGGAGCACUCAGCCCUUGUGCCAAAAGGACACACAGGUCUUGCAGCUGUUUGGAGUCAGUUGGUCCCCAUGGUGCUGCUGCAAUCCCUUUGCUGGCAGUGCUAGCUCUGCCAAUUCCUCUGUACCACCAAGUGCCACACAAGGCUAGAGCGACAUCCCAUCUGUGACAUCCCAACAGGAAAAGUCCUCCUGCCAGCCCAGGGCUUUGGUAACAUUUUUGUUUCUACAUAGAGCUUUGUAAAAUGAUCCAGAGCAUUAUGAAUUACGCCAAAAGAUACCGAACAAAUAGUAACUAAAGUGAUUUCCUCCUUGAUGUAGCAUCUGGACUGAUUCCUCUGCCCAGCAACAGAGACGCAGUGGGACAGCAUGCAGCAUUUUGCAACGUGUAUGCAGUACUGUGGGAAGGCAUCCACAGCCCUACAGCAUACAUACCUGCCUUUCCAUGGGCAGGAGAGGAUCAGUUACUGAGCAAACCAAGUACAACACAAGUUUGGCUGUCAGACACAACAGUACAGAUGCUCUACAAGUAAUCUACGUAUGUUCUGCAUGCCCUCCCUGUAUGUUACACUAUGGUUUGGUAUCCACAACUACUAUGCAAUUCACUCGUCCCAAAGUCUGUGAUGGGAGUUAAUGGAGAAGUUCACAGCAUACAGGUGUUUUAACAGCUGGUGAGAGGGUUACAUGUAGCCACACUUGAACAGGCACACUAAUGAAUGUGGGCCUGGAAAAUGAAUUCUCAACAGCAAAUCUGUCCUUUUUUGUGGCUGAGAUGCUUAGAAUGAGACACGCUACUUGGUGCCUGUGUGCAGAAAGCAGAGCAAAUUAUUAAGGUGUUGUAAAGAGCUAUUAUAACCAUAUUACUAUAACUUGAUACAUUAAAACCUGGUCAUUUCUGCAGUAUACAAACAUACUAAGUCUUGUUAGCAACAAACACAUUAGAGAUUAUUUUGCAGUGAGUUGAUGUAUAAUGUUAAUCCAGAAUAUAAGUCCAGACAUUUCACUUGUCUUCAGACUCUGACAAAUUCUUGAAAAAUUGCUUAAGGUGUUGAAGACAGAGAAAAUUGUAAGGAAACACAAAGUAUGCUCUGCUUUAAAAAUGGAUUUAGCUAGGAUUUAGCUCAAUUUUUGCACUUUUGCUUCAGUGUCUGGAGGAAAAAAAAAAAAAAUAGUGAGUUUGCACAAAGAAAUGUAGUUUAUGGUAGAGAAAAUUAGCCAUAUGUAUUACCAAAUCAUAACGUUAUUCUUUUUGUGAGUAAGUGAGGUAAGAAGUCAGGGUUGGAUAAAGAGAGCUGCUUGGCAGCUGAAAUUUCUCUUAAUUUUCUAUUCAGCAUUAGAAAGGAAAGCUUUAAGUUUUCCAACAGUGUAAGGCACCAUCAGAAAAAAUCUAAUUACUUAGCAAACACAUGCUGCUGUAUUUUUCGAAUUAAAAUAAUGUUGUGCCUCACUGAAACUUUGCAGAUGAACUGGUACAGAACCAAAGAAUUAUGCAAGACAUGUGGAGGAUGAUUGUAUCCAGGUUUCAAUCCUCUGAAAGUCUGAAAAAAAAUUGAGCAGGUAGAAAUCUUGAGAGUCUUAUUGGGAAAGUUUGUUGCACAGCAUUUUAUAGGGCUGGACUCUAACUUCUUUUACAAGUUCAUUUGGAGGCCUCAGUGGGCUGAAGGUGAACAUACUUUCUGGAGAAAGCUGCAGGGACACCAGGCAGCCUUGCCACAACACUGAUAUUUCUCCCUAAAGUUUCUUCAUAUAAACAGCUGGGAAAAAACACAUUCUUAAGAUGAAAAGCCCUGUCAUAGUUGUGAAAGGGAAGGAUAAUCACUGGAGGGUCUUCAGUAGCCAGUCAUUCUGGGUGAGCAAUGAAUAUUAUCAGACGGGCUGCAGGUCCUCUCCUUUCUUCCAGGCAUAUUUUCUUGUUCAAGUAGUCUCACCCUAAAAGGGUCAGCUACUCAGCAAAAGAGCUACUUGAGCUAUGCCUGCCCGUGAGAAAAUGCUCCCCACCAUUCACAGCAGGACUUUCCAGGUUCUGUUUUCUGCUGCCUCCAUGACUGGCUACCACAGCCUACGUUCUAAUGCAGCAGGUGAAGAAUAUCUGGGAUGACACAUCCCAUAUGGAGUAUCUGAUGGCCUUCUGAGGGGAUGCACUUACUAGAUCUUCUUUUCUGAGCAACGUUGGGCUGUAUCAGGCUUUUCUUGUUUCUAAAGAAUAUUUAAAAUGUGGUUCUGCCACAGUUUGAAGGGAGAGUCUCAUAGCUCCCUCUAGGCUCCCCUUAAUGCUGAGUGGUAAGGUCCACAGGCUGUACAACAGUGGUAGAGAAGUGUCAGGAAAACCUUUCUCUGCCAUGUUCAGGCUGAAGUUGAACCUGGCUUCAGCCAAGAACUUCUUCAUCCAGCUUGGAGUUUUUAGGCAUGAAGGCCUUCUGGUGUUUGCUUCAUCUUGGAACUUUUGAAGAGAGGGCUGGAUUUGGCUUUGAGUUCCCUGUAACCAAAAGGUGCUUAUUUUGGCUGUAGAUGAGCUUGGAAGUUGCAGUACUGUUUACCAUCACGCAGUUAACCUUUUCACAAAGAAACCUUAAUAAUUCUUAGUGUUUAUGUAACCACUGUUAUCUUUAAAGUGCUCAGUAAAUACUGCUGUGGUUUGUUUGUUGUUCUAAAAUGGAAACCUGCAUUCCUUUUCUGGCUGAAGUGAUUUAUUGAUAUCAACAGUAGCUCUUUACGUUGCUGUAGUGCCUUUUGUGUGAGGGAUUCAAAGUGCUCUACAGACACAAUCAUCUUUGGAAGUUCCAAAUUGCAUUUCUGGGGUAGGCAGGGAAAUAGAUGAGUUCAUUCACAUGCCAAACAAAUGCAGCAGCUGCUCACCUGUUCACAUUAAUAGGCAAGAAUAAACUUAGACUAGAAAUUAAGGGGCACCAAAUCCACAUCAUAGAUGACAGGAAGAAGGUAGGUACUGGAUAAGGACAUGAAGUAGAAACAGGACAGGACAACAAGCCAAAAUGCUUUCAUUUUCCAAGCAGUGCCAUAAAUACAUGUAUCUCACAGAAAACAACAGUGCCAGUAGCACAAUUCUUUAGGCUUGCUUCUCUGCACACUGAGAUCUAGUGGCCUAACCUGCUGCCCUCUCUAUCUGGGAUUUGUACAGGUAUUAUGGGCUGCUGACUUCCUAUCAGCUGCAAGUGAAUACAAAGGAUGUGCAAGAACAAGCUCCACAUGAGCCAAGGAAAAGUAUAAAGCUUUGUGCCUGUGUUUCAGACAUCUAGCCAUUGUAGGAUGGAGAUGAGCACAAGGAAAGACCUGGGUACAAAGGGAACUGGCAUCCCAUCAGAGACGUGGUAGUGGUAUGGCCUCCAUGAUCACAGAUAUAUGGAACCCUUUAUUUAGGAUGAUAUCUGCUGUGCAAUGUACAGGGAUGGGUACUUGGGUUACAAAAGGUAAUGUUGUACCUCCUGACCUAAUGCCACUUCUUGCACAUGUCAUUCUUUCCCUGGAGCAAAAUUGCCUUGCUAUUGAUCCACCCACCUUUGUUUAGAUUAGAAGAGCUGAGAAGAUCAGAGCACCAGAUGAAAUAGCCGCAGGUCAGACUUAAUGCACUUUAACAAUCAUUGUUUGUCUCAGAAUCUAUUUGCAGGAAUAAUUCACACUUUAUUCAGCCAGUUAUAGCGACUACUGGGAAAUCAGUAAGUAAAUCAAAUUUCAUGUUGUCUUGGAAGUUUCAGAAUUGUUGUAUGUAAAAUGAGGUAGCACAAAAACUGUCCCAUUUGUCCUUCACUUAAUGCAAACUCUGAACAGACACAAAAUACUAUUGUUGUUUGGAACCUCUGUCAUUACCCCAUACUCCAUGAGUCAGUGAUGUUAAAAUGCUGAUGUGUGCUAACAAUCCAACCAAAGAUCAUACACAUGGAUCUUUUUUCCAGCACUGGAGUAACAUACUGCACAUAUGUGACUAAAUAGACUUGUGCCUUCUCAUAGCAGCUCUGCAUGCAGUCCUUUCAAAUGUCAUCUUAGUUUCAUACUUGUCUGAAUUCCAGUUUUUUUUACCUGCCUUUCUACACAUUCAAUAAAAACUACAUAAAUAUAACACAGCAUAAGCCUGAUGAUACUCUACAACAAGAAUGUUGCUUUGCUAAAACAUAUUUUUCCAUACCAUUGUUUCAAUAAAAAUGAAUAUAUUAUUCAGCUUA